GAGGCUGGCCUUUUUGGUAGGGCUCGUAAAAGGUUGGUGGGGCUUGCUUUUUCCCUUUCUAGGUUUCUUACUCUCCAACAUGGACUCAAAUCAAUACCACACAAUAGAAGAAAUCGAUCGAGAACAAAGCAUAAACCCGAAUUUCUCCUCUUCCGAGACUUCUAUGGUGGAACCUCCGGAGCCCGAAGGCCAAGCCGGACCUGAAUCCACGAUUCAGCUUAAAGAAGAAGAACUCACAGACAUAGAUGGCCAAGAAUUAGAUGAUGAUGAUAACAACAACGACAACACUGUCCCAAUUAGCCUCUUACAGGUACCUCAGUCAAACAAUCGGGCACUAACUCCGGCCAAAAGACCUUCCAAGGAUCGCCAUACGAAGGUGGAGGGGCGUGGCCGUAGGAUCCGUAUGCCUGCCACAUGUGCGGCUAGGAUUUUCCAACUAACCCGAGAGUUGGGCCACAAGUCAGACGGCGAAACCAUCCGGUGGCUUUUGGAGCACGCCGAACCAGCUAUUAUUGAAGCUACUGGUACCGGAACCGUCCCUGCUAUUGCAGUUUCCAUUAAUGGAACUCUCAAAAUCCCAACUACUUCCCCAGCAAGACCCAACGGCGAUGACUUGCUUUCGAGGAAGAGGCGUAACAGACCUUCAAAUAGCGAUUUUACCGACGUUAAUGAGCACCAGAGUUCUGUAUCUUCAGGUUUGGCUCCUAUUACGCCGAUAACAACAGCAGCAGCAUUAUUACCAAAUUUAGGGGGAGCUUGUGUGCAAGGGUUAGUGCCUUGGUGGCCUAUGGGCACUUUUAUGUUGCCACAAUCUGCUGGUUUAUCUGGUGGUGGGUCCAAUUACAAUCAGCCUCAAUUGUGGGCAAUACCUGCUGCUGCGACCCCAUUUUUUAACGUAGCGGCAAAGCCCAUAUCCAGUUUUGUUUCGGCCAUGCAACCUGGGAUCCAAUUGGGUGAUGGGGUUUCGAAUUCAGUGGGAUCGGGUGGGUCUUCUUCUCCAAUGGGGUCAAUGAGUUCGAAUUCAGGAACGAGCACAACCAAUAGUUCUGGUGGUAAUUGUACUUGUAAUGGUGCUGCUAGUGCUAAUACUGGUAGCGCGCAUAUGCUUAGGGAUUUCUCUUUGGAGAUUUAUGAUAAAAAAGAGCUUCAAUUCUUGGGUCACCCUGCUAGUCAGCAUCCGACCUGCUCAAAGCCUUAGAAAACAAAAAUGGAGGUUCUUUCGUCUUUUAUUAUUUUAUCUUAAUGACACAGUAUUAGUGUAGGGUUUUAAGGCUUUUUUUUUUUAUUUUUUAAUUUUUAAGUUUUUUAAUGCCCACAAGAAAAAGAAGAGCCAAGAGCUUAUCUUUAGUAUUUGUGAUGUGGGUUGUCUUUAUUGGAAACUAGUUCAUGCUCAUAUCAGCGUCACAAGUAGAAGUAAACUCAGAGUAAUCUUUCUUCUUAUGAUGUGAGCCAUGGCCCAUAAAUAGUUCCUGGAAUUCAGCUCAACGAUGACCCUCCAAUUUUAUCCUUGAUGUUAACAGUUGAUGAAAAAAUGAGAAAGUAAUGAGCAGCUUCCAUUUAACUACCUGUUCUUGAACCAUUACGAUUCCUUGUGAAGUUAGUUUGUGUAUGAAGAAUCAUUGUCAGUUAUGUAUUUCUUGAAUGAAAGUCAUGUUUCCAGCUUAAUCAUAAUUUGACUUCUUGGAA